UAAAGUAGUCUCUAGCUUGACAUUGCUUCUUAUUCUUCACACAUAGCUUCUAAUUUGAUAUCUAUACCUCACACCAGCUGGCAUAACGGACUGUCCAGCUGUUGUGAUUACGGCCGACAUCACGGCUCCCUUGUUCUUUGGAGAGCCACUGGUGGUGUGAUCCUCCCCCACCUAAUCUCAAGUCCAACAUCGGUGAUUCUGUGUAAUCUGACUGAGAGGACAAGAGCUACAUUAUGGGCUUCUUUGCUGGGUUUUUCAGCGGGUUUGCGUUGACCUCCACGGUCUUAUAUCUAACAAUUCAAGUUCAUCGAGCCAAUCGCCUCGAGCAGAGUCAUAUUAUUCGUGAACAACUUAGAUCGCUGAAUUGGAUUGCAUCACCAAUUGGCGCAUAUGACCGCCGUCUAGCGCCGAAGGACCAGCCACAGCUUGACCCAGAAAGGUCGCGACUACAACCUACCUUGAAGGACUUUCUUAAGCAUCGCUGGAAUGAGGAGGUGGAGACACUGGCUAGAAAGGCAUAUGAGAGUCGGUGGGAGGACGCCAGAGAUACUGCAAUCGCAGGAUGGAAGGCUGCGAUGAGGCUUAUGAAGAAGGAAUAAAAAGUUUGCUGUUCUGUACAUGUUUUAUCGGUGCUGCUUUCUAGAGGCGCGCAGCUAGGACCAGAUACCCUUGGAUUUUCUUGAAGAAGCGUAAUUGCAUUCUAUGAUCUUGGGUUUCCUACCCUGUUGUACUUGGCUUAUCGAUUCACGCGUUAGCUUGUGCAUUUUGCUCCCUGAUCCGUAUAUCCGGUACCUAGGUAU